AUGUUAGUGACAACUGCUGAUGUUACACCUGCUGUCAGCACAGACCUGCUAACACCUGGGCUGACAACGCAGGAUAAGCUGGAAGAAGAAGUUGGAGAUGAGGCUGUUGCCCUGACUGCAGAGAUGAAGGGGCCUGUCUGGGUAAUUCUUGGAGUAUUCAUUGCUGUAGCAUGUCUUAUUGCUCUUAUUGUUGUUCUGCAAACACCUUCGACCAACUCCCUGAAUAAUGAGAGUAACCCUCAUGUACUGGAUGGGGCUCCUGAAGCUGUUGAUGACAUGUACCUAGGCUGCGAGAACGAAAUGAUGAUGGUCAUUGACAAAUAUUUCCAAAAAGAGAAUGUGGGAAAGUUUAAAACUGCCUGGAAAAAUGCAGAAAAAUGUUCAAACAAAUUACAUCUAGCGGAUACAGCUCUCACCAAAAACCACAUGCAGGCAAUCUGUGCUUAUACAUCUAACGACAUUUAUAAGGAAUUCAAUGAAGCAGUCCGGACCGGUAAGAACAUCUACGGCAGCUCCUUCAAAUUCCACUAUUUACAUUUCUGGCUGACUUCUGCAAUACAAAUCCUGAAAAGCGAAGAUAAGUGUAUCACUACUUAUAGAAGAAAUGACAUUGUGUUCACCGGCAAAGUUAACCAAACCAUGCGGUUUGGUGAAUUUGCAUCCAGUUCCACCAAAACAGAACUUACAAAAUAUGGUAUUGAGACCUGCUUUAAAAUUAAUACCUGUUUAGGAGCUUACCUGAAGGAUUACACAGCAAAUGGAACAAAGGAGGAGGAGGUGCUUAUCCCCCCCUAUGAAACAUUCAAGAUAACCCACGCUACUGUAGGUUUGAGGUAUGAUACAGAUCUGCCUGACUGUAAGAAGGUCUUCAUUUUGAAGAGUGUAGGAAAAAUGAGUAACCUAAACUGCACACUAAUAAGAGAACGGAGUUUGCUCCAAAUGAUGCAGAACAUGUCAUAA